AUGAAGCGAAGAAAAGUCUCUCAACAAACCGUGGGCAGCUCAUCGAGUUCUCAAACCCAUCGAGAUGCCACACAGUCAGCAUCGAGUAGUGUCAAGGGCCCGGCUACUGCGACUGUCACGCAAGACUCUUCCCCGGACGAGCCAUCACGAAUGAGGGACAUCGUUCCGCAAUGGCUCGAAAAGCAGGCACAACGUCUUGAACGUCUCAGGCGGGGAUCCUUCUGGCAUCGUGACUCAAUGUUCGAGAGUCAAGAUGUAAAGCGAGAGCCUAAGCAGACAGCACAGGAUGUGGGUACCGCAGUGUCGGGGCCUCACAGCGAGCCAGUACCCCAGCGUGUGAUCGACCAUUUCUUCACGCUGUACCCGGCCGGUGGGAGCGAUUGGAGGAACUCUGUGCGAUGGCAACGUCACUUAACGAAGUGCACUGUUACAAAGUGUGCCAUCUGUAAAGCCACCCGACGUCUGACAGAUACAUCCCCUUCGCCGGCAAGACUAUCAGCAAAACCGCCAGUAAAGCUAUCAGCAAGAUCAUCGACAGAGUCACUGUCAAAGACUUCCAAGGACUCUUACUUCUCGGUCCCGUCGUGGCGGUCAAAGUCCAGCAAAGAAAGAAAGAAACGAGGAAAGUCGCCAGCUCAGGAUGAGAUUGAUGAGGAGGAUACCGAAACUCUCAGUCCCAGUACACAAGUUCCACGGUACCUAGAAACUUCAUUCUCGAGAAGAACUCGGGCAUCGAGGCCUGGUAUCGUGAUCUACGACGGCGCCCCUCAGUUUGAGCGACGAGCACCACCUCCUCCUGUUCGUUGCACCUCGGUCUCCAAACCCGUUGAUGCUUCAAAAAUCCCGGUACCUGCCGCUCCGCAUCUGAGGUUUGCUAGCACCGCGACCAUCAAUGUGGACGACCUGUCGCAGAUCACUGGCCGUCCAUACGAGAUCAGUCCGCUCGAACUGUUGCGUUUCCCACUAUCACAGCACUACAAUCUCCCAUCAACACCCCAGCUCAAGCCAAAGCAGGUCGCUGCAUCUGUUCCAGAGAUGGAGCCGCUAACGGGCGCCUUGCGGGCGUCUUCUGUUGACUCACUGUUGUCUGAGUCUUCAACUGUAGGCCCCAACCCAACCAAUGUCCAGCGCUGGCCUACUCAACCUCGCUCCGAAUCAAGUUCAGGCAUGGGAGGCUACACCAUAGCCGACCUGCUGAGCCAAGACGGCGGGUUCGAGAUGCCACCCACAAGGAAGCACCGUGCUGCUGCAGGAAGACCUACACACCACGCCUCUGCUCCUGCUCCUGCAGCGCAAUACCUCCCAACGCCUCCUCACUCUAGACACACCAGCAACGGAUGGCAAGCCGGCUCUUCCGUUGCGCCGCCUACAUAUUGCAUCGCUAUUCCCGAAGGCCCUGCUGACAGGGACUGGGCCACGUGCAAGCUAUCCGACACCACUGGGUCAUCACUGCCCAACUGUCCCGUCUACGUCAAUGCCCGGGAGAGGCUGGAUAAGUACUGGGCUGGAUGGGCGGAGAGACAUGGGCCUGGCAUGAGGAAUUGGCGGUAG